UGUUGGUAGGCCCGUGGCUCGGCAACUCUGCUGCUUGCCGACAAGAUUGCGGCCGUAUUCUGCCCGCUGGUCUCAAGCGGCAAAGGCGAACAAAGUGCGGACUAACGCGUCGGCUACUCCUACUUGCACUACCAGAGCCAGCAGCUCGUAUCUUAUCAACGUGACGAUAUCGAUUGGCGCCUUUACGUGAUUUCUUCAUUAAGCGAAAGCUAAUCUGUCACAUAGUGAGUUAUCGGUUGAUCUGUCGUUCGGCGGCCACUUGUUCUAUGUGACAUACCAAUGUGAUCAGUGAUAAUGCCCCAGUCAGCUUCAACGAAUUCUAUAGCGGUUCGGAUCGUUAUAGUAUUCAUCGCACUUAUGAUGACCACUCUGAUGACAGGUGAAGUCGCAGCUGUACAGGGCGAAAGUGUAGAAGAGGAAGACGAACAGUUCGUCUAUUUGGAGAACUGUACGGAAACAUCACAGCCCGUUGUGAACGUUUUUCUGCACAAAGAUCGCCCAAACAACAUCUACAGGGUCAACCUCUUCGAAAAGUUUCCGGAGAAACAAGUGCCGCGAUGUCGAACCAGCGUCUAUGCACAGGUCGUUGAAUUCUACGAAGCAUGGCAUAAAAGAAGACUGACACCGCACCUCAGAAACUACAAGGUUAUGGCGACUCUCGAAGAUAUCAAUAUGCCUCUGCAAUGUGAUAAAGUAUACAGCCUGGUGUCGGACGCCCAAAAAAAUCAUACAACGCUGUGCCAAACUCUUGACAAUCAGAUUUACAAUUACCGGUUCAUCCUCUUCUAUAGGAGAGAUAACCUUACUCUUCUUAGAGACUACUUCAUUGAUCUCAGCUUAGCGGUCGCUUAUCUUCCGCCCAAAGAUGAGGAGGACAGCACCGAUCGAGGUUGUCCAUCUGAUGCAUUUUUCCAGUGCGAAACUGACAGACUAUGUAUCCCUUCACGAUUUUGGUGUGAUCAAGUCUCACACUGUUCAGACAACAGCGACGAAGGAAACUGCGAUCUGCUCAGACAAGACACUGAUACCGACGCAUCCACUGAGGGGUCAACUGUCUACUCAAGUUCCCAUUUAGCAGUUCCCACCGUUAACAUAACGACAAUGAGUAUUUCAAAGGAAUCGGAAAGGACAUCAGCAGAGGUCAAUCAUAAAGAUGACACUGACGACAACGUAAAUGACACCUCUUCAACAGAAGGUGUCUCGGUAUCGACUCAGACUGAAAUAGCGAUUGAGACAACAGAAACAAUCAUCUACGAGACAACGGCACUUAAUACCUUCCUGCAACGGGAAGUGACAACGGUACUAGAAGAUAAUACCGAUAAUUCGCUGUGGCAAAAAGGCUCAACAACAACCACGCCUAUCACAAUAGAAGCUAUUGCGAAUGUGCUGCCUACUACAACAGAAAGGCAAAGUCUAUUCACGUUCGAAAAUGCUAUGACUUAUGAGAAACCCAUACAUGGAAGAGAUGCCCCGCGCUACAUCUCGAUUGCACCAUCAUCAUUGGACAGUUAUGAGGAAUAUGAUAGUGAACCUGUUGCCACUGCGCCCACUGCUACUACCCCUGCUACGCCAUGGGCAGCUUCUGCUAGCUCAAGUAGCCGGGCAACGAGUUUAAGUAGCACCGUCGCGCCCCAUGGUUCCAGUGCUUUACAUACGAGCUCCACUCGCGGCAACAUAAUCAACACUGCAAAAAUUGAUAAUUAUCCAGAAAAUUAUGUUCCAUACCACCUGAAGCCUCGGAGCGAUUCGCACGCCGAUAUUAUUCUUUCAACCAAAGGAGCUAAAUCGACUACAGCUAAACCGAAUCCAGCACCGUAUCCUUUCGGACCACGAAGCGACCGCCUAGAUUCUCGGAACUCUUCUUCUCAUUCACAAACAGCUUCGAUCGUAAUAUUGGCAGUCGGCGUUAGACUUGCACUCGGCGUUCAAUGCUACCUACGAUAAACCCCAUGGCCAGCUUCAUAGUUAGUUUGUGUUAGCAAGGUCGCCUCGGCCAAAGAUACGACAUCGUUCAAAUCACGAACUAAAGAACUACCGUAGUUAAAGGGAGCAAGUUACAUAGCCGUGUUAACGCUCUGUGUAUUCUUCUAAUUCUAGUGUUACGUCUUAAGCAAAGCUUGUUUUUUGUUUUGUCUUUUAAAAAAACUCUAACAUAAGACUUUUUUCUGUUUCAAAUAUAUUAUGUAUUUACUAAAUUAUUAUUAGUGUUAGAAAGCAUUGUUGUGUAAAAUUCAUGAAAGCCAAAAAUAGGUGUAUAUCUUAUGACCCGUAUUGAGUAACCGACAGAAAGAAGCAAUCCCAACGCAGAAAACCAAACAACACACGAGUCAGCUACGUGACAAAACUUAAGUCUACGCCCAAAAUCAGACCCCUCUUCUCCCCGCGAAUCUCAGCCGUAAAUUGUGACUCAAAAGUUUGCCUGAACAAUGCUCAUAGAACCUAUGCCUGCCUGUGUUGCAAGAUAAGCACCGUUACUUAGACAAUCCCAGUUAAAGCAAUCGUCUUUUCGAUACUAAUAUGACCAUUGUCAAAGCCGAAAAAUAAACGUACGAUUUACAUAUUUAAACCGUGCAAGUUUUUUUUGUCUGUUUUACUAAGCACGGUUUGUACGAUUGCUAAUGCCCCCUGUUACCGAAAUAACAUGUCAGACCUAAUUCUCACCAAUGAAAUAGAAUGUUUUUCCUUUUUGGAGAAAAUCUAUGUUGUCUAUAUUUUUGCAUUUGCUUCCGUGCUCCGGAUAGAAGAUCUCGGGCAUUCUGGAAACAGGGUACGGUUCAAAGUAUACAUUCGGUAGAAAAAGGCAACGAAAAAGGUACAGGUCAUCUUUAGCUGGCAUGUGUUGAAACUGCUUAAGAAACAAGAGCUGCUCGCUCUCUCAAAGCAAAGCGUCGCCCCGCUCCACUCAGACGUUGACACACGAACGGAUCUGUCGUAACGCCGUCCUGCGUUCUUCUCUCGGCAUAUAACAUCGACUGUGGGUUUUUUUCGCCAUAACGUAUGUUCCUGCAGGCUCGAUGACUUUCCGUACCCAUGGGCCCAUCAUUAAUAUCAUUAUUGGUAAUAAUAUUCAACUUGGUUUGUUUAUAUCUGUUGAUGCACACUCAGCGUUCCUUGAUCCCUCCUAUUUGUAUGUAUCUGCAUGCUUAUAGGCAACUCUUGACGAUUCGGCCUGUACAUUUACAUCUUGUCUCGCUAAAUGCGCUCGUAUUUGUUUACUCGGCGCUGAUCGUCGGAACCGCUUUGGCCUUCGAGCUUUUAUACUGAAUGCGCGGUCGUAAUUGUUUGAAUUCGCGUCGAGCAAGCUACAGACAACGCUACUAAAGACUGUUGAUGUCCCACAACCCGAUCUCCCAGUUGUUCUCAUAAGUAGCCUGACCAUAUGUUAAACGAGUGAUUCUACCAAGCAUUUCGUUGGGUAUUCUUUCGGUCAAGAGGCCAUGGGUGAAAGGUGAGUCGUGAACGAGAUAUGAGCGCAACGCUAAGCAACUUCCGUUGCUAAUGUUAACAUAUACUCAUUUAAGGUUACAGACAACGUUAACGAAGACCCAGUUCGGAAAUGUGGCUUACCGUAAACUUAAGGGAAAAGCUUUUUUAGAAAUCAGAAAGGUCCUACUAUACGAACCAAGCGAACUAUUUGGAGUAACCUAGGCUAAGAAUACUUGUCCGUAGAGGGAUAUCCUAGAAAUUUAAAAAAGUCAGCUUUUUAAGAAGCAAAUGAAUUGCAUAAACAUAAUUUGUUCACUUUCACACACACUGAAACUGCCAAGAAUCCUUGGCCAUGAGCAGGUCAAUAAAAAAAAUAUAUGAUACAUAAUUGGAUACUUUUAAUAACAGCUCGAAAUAGAUUAUAGUAGCUGAUAUUUUUGAAAGGAAAAAAAAUAUAAUGUCCGAAUAAACCGCAUAGCCUAGGCACAGAAAGGCGAACACUUAAAGGUAACAUUGCGUUCUUCGUGUAGAGAGCAGUGGAAUAGUUCUAUUGAAAUUUAACGGAAGACCAAGAAGUUGUUCUUACAGUCUUGUUACAUCUGAAAAU